UUCUCGGGUUGCUACUUUUUAACCUGAUUCCAGAAACCCACCAGUUUGACUGAGAGCCCCCUUCUGAAGAAAGGAAUCCGAAUUUUACCCAGUUUAAAGAAGAAGAAGAAGAAGAAAGGACAUGCAUUUACGCCAGCAUAUUUCUCUUUAUCAAAUACUAUAUACACUUACUGUUUCUCCAUCGUUUUCAGUCUUUUCUUUUUUUUUCUUUAUUAACAAUGCGGGGGUUUCCUGUGAUGGGUAGUUCUUAAAUCUUAAGACAGAGAAAAAAAAAACUAUUCUUGUUGGAGCGUUAAUGGCUGCCCAAGGACGGCUAAUUGCGGGCUCACACAACAGAAACGAGUUUGUUCUAAUCAAUGCUGAUGAGAUUGGUCGAGUAACAUCGGUGAAAGAACUUAGCGGCCAGAUUUGUCAGAUUUGUGGAGAUGAAAUUGAAAUUACAGUUGAAGGUGAACCAUUUGUUGCUUGCAAUGAAUGUGCAUUUCCUGUUUGCAGACAUUGUUAUGAAUAUGAAAGAAAUGAAGGAAACAAGGCUUGUCCUCAAUGUAAAACCAAAUACAAAAGAAUCAAAGGGAGUCCUAGAGUUGAAGGAGAUGAAGAAGAAGAUGAAUGUGAUGAUCUUGACAAUGAAUUUGAUGUUGAGAGCCAUUAUCAAUAUAAUAUUACAGAAGCAGCAAUGUUUUCUUCUCGUUUCAACUCUACCCAUUCUGCAGAAAUUGAUUCUUCUUUAUUAAAACCGAAUAUCCCCCUCUUGACUAAUGGUGAAGAACAGGAUACAAUGAUUAGUCCCGAUAAACAUGCUCUCAUUAUACCUCCGUUCAUGGGUAAUGGAAGACGAGUUCAUCCUGUUGUGUUUCCUGAUAAUUCUUCGGUUUCAUUGCCACCAAGAGCUAUGGAUCCUAAGAAAGAUUUGGCUGUUUAUGGAUAUGGAAGUGUUGCUUGGAAAGAUAGAAUGGAAGAAUGGAAGAGAAGACAAAACGAUAAACUUCAAGUUGUUAAGCACGACGAAUCAGUUCAUCCUGAUUUUAUGAAUUUGGUUGCUUUGUUUCAUAACAGGAUGGAUGAAGGCAGGCAGCCACUUUCGAGGAAAUUACCAAUUCCAUCUAGCAAGAUAAACCCAUACAGAAUGAUAAUCCUACUCCGUCUAGUAAUCAUAGGACUGUUUUUCCAUUACAGAAUUCUCCAUCCAGUAAACAAUGCUUAUGGAUUAUGGCUAACAUCAAUUAUCUGCGAGAUAUGGUUUGCGGUUUCAUGGAUAUUCGAUCAGUUUCCUAAAUGGUUCCCAAUCGAACGUGAAACAUAUCUCGAUAGAUUAUCUUUGAGAUAUGAGAAAGAAGGGAAACCUUCUGAAUUAGCUCCAGUAGAUGUUUAUGUUAGUACAGUUGAUCCGUUGAAAGAACCGCCUCUUAUAACUGCAAACACGGUUCUUUCAAUCUUAGCUGUUGAUUAUCCUGUUGAUAAGGUUGCAUGUUAUGUUUCGGAUGAUGGUGCUGCUAUGCUUACUUUUGAAGCGCUUUCUGAAACGUCCGAGUUUGCGAGGAAAUGGGUGCCGUUUUGUAAGAAGUUUAGUAUUGAACCUCGGGCGCCAGAAUGGUAUUUUGGCCAGAAAUUUGAUUAUCUUAAGGAUAAAGUUCAUCCUAUGUUUGUUAGGGAACGACGUGCGAUGAAGAGGGAAUAUGAAUUGUUUAAGGUUCGGAUUAAUGGUUUGGUCGCGACGGCUCAGAAAGUUCCUGAAGAUGGUUGGACUAUGCAGGAUGGUACUCCUUGGCCCGGAAACAAUGUCAGAGAUCAUCCAGGAAUGAUUCAGGUGUUCUUGGGCCACAACGGAGUUCUUGAUACUGAAGGUAACGAGCUACCGCAGCUCAUUUACGUUUCUCGCGAGAAGAGGCCGGGAUUUGAUCACCAUAAAAAAGCUGGCGCGAUGAAUGCACUUGUACGAGUAUCUGCAGUCAUCUCAAAUGCUCCAUACAUGCUGAACGUAGAUUGCGAUCACUAUAUAAACAACAGUAAGGCGUUACGAGAAGCAAUGUGUUUCAUGAUGGAUCCAACAUCAGGAAAGAAAAUUUGCUACGUUCAGUUUCCACAAAGAUUCGACGGCAUUGAUCGCCACGAUCGUUACUCCAACCGUAAUGUCGUUUUUUUCGACAUUAAUAUGAAAGGGUUGGAUGGGAUUCAAGGACCAAUAUAUGUUGGAACUGGUUGUGUCUUCAGAAGACAAGCUCUCUACGGCUAUGAUGCUCCUUCAAAGAAGAAACCUCCUGCGAAAACAUGCAACUGUUUGCCUAAAUGGUGUGCCUGCUGUUGCGGUUCCAGUUCUCGAAGGAAAGGAAAGAAGGGGAAUAAGAAGAGCAAAGAAGCUUCGACGCAAAUACAUGCACUGGAAAACAUUGAGGAAGGUAUCAAUAGUGAGAAAUCGUCCCUUAUGCCAUUAGUAAAGUUCGAGAAGAAGUUCGGACAGUCUUCAGUUUUUAUAGGAUCGACGCUUCUAGAAGACGGAGGUGUUCCUCAGGUCACGACAUCGGCAGGGCUACUAAAAGAAGCUAUUCACGUGAUAAGUUGUGGGUACGAGGAUAAAACAGAGUGGGGAAAAGAGGUUGGAUGGAUAUAUGGAUCCGUUACUGAGGAUAUUCUAACCGGAUUCAAGAUGCAUUGCCACGGUUGGCGAUCGGUUUACUGUAUGCCUAAACGACCAGCGUUUAAGGGAUCGGCUCCAAUAAAUCUUUCGGAUCGUCUCCACCAAGUUCUUCGAUGGGCACUCGGAUCUGUUGAGAUUCUUCUUAGCCGACACUGUCCCAUUUGGUAUGGAUAUAGUUCCGGGCUCAAACCAUUGGAGAGAUUCUCCUACGUUAAUUCGGUUGUUUAUCCUUUGACAUCGGUUCCCUUGUUGGCUUAUUGUACAUUACCGGCAGUUUGUCUUCUAACGGGAAAGUUCAUUGUUCCUGAGAUUAGCAACUAUGCGAGUCUUAUAUUCAUGGCCCUGUUCAUAUCGAUCGCUGCCACGAGCAUUAUGGAGAUGCAAUGGGGAGGCGUUACCAUCGAUGAUUGGUGGAGGAACGAGCAAUUCUGGGUGAUCGGAGGUGUCUCCUCCCAUUUAUUCGCCCUAUUUCAAGGUCUACUCAAGGUUCUUGCUGGGGUCAAUACAAAUUUCACGGUCACUUCGAAAGGAGGAGACGACGGGGACUAUUCCGAACUAUAUCUAUUCAAGUGGACGGCUUUGUUGAUCCCUCCAAUGACACUUUUGAUCAUCAACAUAAUUGGGGUCGUGGUUGGAAUUUCGGAUGCGAUAAACAACGGGUACGAGUCAUGGGGACCUCUAUUUGGUAGGCUAUUCUUUGCUUUAUGGGUCAUUGUUCAUUUGUAUCCUUUCUUAAAAGGGUUGAUGGGGAAACAAGAUAGGCUACCAACAAUUAUAAUAGUUUGGUCUAUUCUUUUAGCUUCAAUUUUGACGCUUUUAUGGGUUAGGAUAAACCCGUUUGUGUCGAAAGGCGGUUUAGUGUUGGAAGUUUGCGCGUUGAAUUGUGACUAAAAUAUUUGUGGGAGUGUGUUGUGUAUAGAUAAAAACGAGUUUAGGGCUUGGAAAUUCAUAUUUGUUGGUGUUUAAAUUAAGUGUUGGAGUUCAAGAAAUCAUAAAAUUAUGUUGUUAUUAUAUAUGUAAGGGAUGUGCUCAAACUGUAACAGUUUUCCCAAUCUUUCAGAUGAGAUUGGAUUGUUUAUAAUAAUAUAUUCAAAUAAAA